AACUGUCAACAUAGGUCAAUGGAAUAUAUCGAAGGCAAUGGAUCACUGUGAAAUCCUCCUGGUUUACUUUGCUUUGAUGAUCUGUUCAAGCUCUGUCAAUGUGUUGGCACUACAAUGUCCGAGCUGCCACCGGGUGCAGAACGUGAACCACUGUCUGGAACGUACAGAGACCUGCAGCGCCUUCCAAGAUGUGUGCAUUGGGGUUUUGGAUGAAUGGCACGUGACCUUCGGGUGUGGCACCAUGAAGAGAUGUGAGUAUGAUGGUCUACAAGACACUACUGACUGUAGAGGUACACAUCCAUUUGGACCCCGCGACAAGUGUACUGUGUGCUGCACCGGGGACAUCUGCCAAUCUAGGAUGAUGCACGUACAACACGGGUUAGACACGGUGCCUGGUGUGAUCCAUUGUCCAGUUUGUCAUAAUGAAGACGACCCUCAGAGAUGCCUGGACAAUGUCAUACCCUGUGAACAUCACCACAGAACAUGUGAAAUAAAGAACAUUGAUGGGAAAUGGUCGUCUAGAUGUUCUCACAACUCGUCGUGCCUCCAACCAUCAAAUCAGUACCCACCCGACUGCACUCAAUCCGCAGGAAGCAAGGAGUGUGUGUUCUGUUGCAACGACCACACUUGUCUCGACUAUGCAUUUGGUAUAAAGCACCUACCUACACCUUCAGCGACAACCACAAGCGUUGGGGGGACUUCGGCGACGUUGACGUUUGCUCCACCGUCCACAUGUCGUGACCAGUCCCUAUUCCCGUGUCACAGAGCUGUUGGAGAGGCCUGCACGGACCCUGACAUAUCCAAGGACUUCUGUCCACUGACAUGCGGCUUUUGUAGACCCCGUUCAACAACUGUAACCACAAGACACGUGUCUUCCCCAUCCAGUGUGACACGUGGAGGGCCAACAACAACUGUAACCACAAGACACGUGUCUUCCCCAUCCAGUGUGACACGUGGAGGGCCAACAACAACUGUAACCACAAGACACGUGUCUUCCCCAUCCAGUGUGACACGUGGAGGGCCAACAACAACUGAACGUGCCACGAAUGCACCAAAUACACAAACGACUCAUCACCUAACUAAACACGCGACGAAUGCACCAAAUACACAAACGACUCAUCACCUAACUAAACACGCGACGCAUGCGCCAAAUAAACAAACGACGCAUUCAUCCACCAAACUCACGACAUAUAGUCCACAUAAACAUUCGACUGAUGCUCCAGCUAUGCAAACGACGCAUGUACCCACUAGACACGCAACACACCCCCAAACAACUCAAAUACACACAAAACACACAACACAUAUGGCGACGCAUCACACAUCACAUACGACCGUUAGAAAAGUUCCACACACACAUCAGGCUAUGUCCCACCCAGGCAUGACUACAUCGCAGACGACAACGGCUCCUAGGUCAACAACGUCAUUAGCUUUUUCUACAACGCACGACAUCAUACCAUCAGGAAUAGGUGUGGGUUGUCCCAACGGCUAUACCCAGUAUGCGCAAUCCUGCUACAUGCACCGCAAUCAGAAGAUGACCUUCAUUAAAGCAUCUGAAUACUGCCGACAGCACCAUGGCUACUUGACAGAGAUUGAAACAGCAACGGAAAGUGCCUAUGUGAAGGCAUUCCUGAAGGGGAAGAUUAUUGACGAUGGUGUCUGGCUAGGUGCUAAUGACAUUCGGUUUGAAGGCUACUAUGUAUGGGACAAGUCUGAGAACCCACUGAACUACACAGAUUGGUACCCUGGAGAACCCAACCAGAAGACUGUCGAGGAGGACUGCAUGAGUAGCUGGAAGGUUGAAGGGUAUCAGUGGGCAGAUCACUACUGUGACCGCCCUGACCUCGAGCCAUUUUGUGAGACAGAGGUAACGAAAUGCAGCUGAAUAAAACGCAAAUAAAUAUCGCGAUUUGACUAAAA